AUGCAUAAGCAUUUGCGGUGGGCCAUUACAACAACCUUUUACUCGGUUCAGCUGAUAAUACUAUACCACUCAUUAAAUAAUGAAACGAUAUGGAUUUUGAUAGUUGAACCAUUCAUAUUAAUUGAAUGUUUCAUAGCAUUAGGAUUAAUAGCAUCGGACUAUCUAACUCCUUCGCUAUCUCGAAUAUCAAAGGAUAUUCUUCAAAUAUCCGAUAAAGUAUCUGGUUUGACAUUGCUUUCAUUGGGUAACUCAAUACCUGAUAUCACAAGCACUUACCAGGCUAUGAGUACAGGAGCGACAUCGCUUGCUCUAGGUGAACUGCUUGGGGGCAUAUUCUUUCUAAUGACAGUGGUUCUAGGAAUAAUGGCAUUUAUCAAACCGAUAAAACUUAGAAAGAGCAUGAUUUUGCUAUCAGAUAAUACUGGGACUCAAUAUUUUGAUAUCAAUGAAACUCCUGGAGUUUCCUACAGUCGGGCAGAUUUUUAUCAAGAUAUACUUAUGUUUGGAGCUCUGGUUUUGAUGUCUGGGCUCUUCCUAGCCGAUGGCCGAUUGAUGUUCUGGGAAUGUAUUACUAUGGUUCUCGCAUAUUCCCUCUACACAAGCUUCCUUAUUCUACAAAAUAGAACUUCGAUUUGUAUUGAGGAGUCGUUUGAUAACAGGGCCAGUUGCAGGGAUGAGAUUGAAAGCUUGUCGGCAAUAAUAAGCAAUUCUGGACUCGCAAAUAAUGAUGAACAAAACAUUUUACUUUUCAAUAACGGAGUCAAUAGAAGAAGAGCAAACAUAAGAUCGGGAAUACGCCAUUACCUUAGAUCGAGAUAUCAUGGAUGGGUCAAAAUAACGCUAAGUGAUUGUUUAGAAAUCUGGGAAAAUGAGGCCAAUUUAAACAGAAACAAGAACGAUAGAGCUGAAGAGAACAGCAUAGUAUCAGCAGAAGAUCAAAUUUAUGUGGAAAGUUUUGCACCACCUAGAAGAGCGACUUCUUUACGAGACGUUGAUAGGACGGACCAGAUUUCAAUUAUUUAUGGACUAGCUUUAGACAACAAGAAAAGUGUAGAGGAACGUGAUGCUACAACGAAUACUCCCGGUUUUGACAACCCCCAGGAACUGACGGUUCCUAUGAGACCUAAAACGCAGAAAUCGUUAAGUUGUGAUUGCAUUCCAAAUCUCCCGCGCUACCGAGAUGAUGAAAGCAAUUUUGAUUCCCAUAUAGAGCGGACUUCUUUAUGUUCGACAAAAGAUGAAGCACUUCCUACAUGGCCUCAAAGGCUAAUGCUUCCGCAAUAUAUAUCGGAUGAAGCCAUGUAUCUACCAGUCACCGAGUAUCUGGCGUUGCUAUUCACUACUCCUCCCACAAUAGUUUUGAGCUGCCUAAUACCAUACCUCGGGCAUAUCAAAUGCUGCGGUAAGCUACAUGUUCUUGAAGUAGUUAGGUUGACAAUGGCGCCUAUUUAUCUCAACGUUCUUUUUUCUGGAUCGGUAUCCAUAUGGACUCUAGCUAUUUCAGGUCUUCUCGGUGGGACGCUCAUUUAUAGAUAUUUCACGUCGCAGGUACGAACUAAUGAGCACAUCGUGGCAGUGGCAGGGUUUCUUUUAUCUUUAUCGAUGAUCUACUUAUGUGUCCAUAUUGUCGUUAGAAUGUUGACAGAUUGGUCAACUAAGCUGGAUAUUUCUCCCUCCAUAUUAGGUCUUACAUUCUUUGCGUGGGGUAAUUCGAUGGGUGAUUUAGUCUCAAAUGUAAUAUUCGCGGAUAUUGGCGUCAUAGAAUUAGCUCUGGGUGCAUGUUUUGGAAGUCCAUUACUCUAUUUUGUUUUUGGAGUUGGUAUCAAUGGGAUUUUUCUAUUACUUCGACAAAAGAAGCAAAUGCAAAAAUCUAUUUUCAAAAGCCACUUGAGUUAUGUCAUCGAUCCAAGUCUUGAAUAUACUGCAUUGGGUAUAGUUUUAGCUUUUCUCAUUUUUCUCAUUGCAGUUCCAUUCAACAAUUGGCGAAUAGACAAAAGAAUCAGUAUCCUUUUGUUGUUGUUGUAUGCAGCAGUCACAAUUGUGAAUGUUCUUCAAGAAAUCAAAUAG